CCACCACCACCACCUAACGAUUCCAGUCCGUCGCCACCUACCAAUGUAGGUCCACCGCCAAACCACUACUAUACCGACCAGUACCGCGACCGUCACCACUUCUGCCAUCGUUGAGCGCGUCGGUGUGUUUUUUUUUAUUAUUUCCGUUCUGUGUUUUUUUUUUUUUUUAUCAUUUUAUUAUCGUGCAAUUACACAUCCUAACAACACCGAAGUCACUGACUGUCAACGUCGUUCGUCACCAACAGCCGGUUGUUCACACCUUCGUUGACGCGUGAAUUUCGAAUUAAUCCAUAUAUUUCACGUAUUAUAACAUUUACCUAUAUAAAUAGUGUUCCGUCUCGUCUCGCUCGUGCGUACGGAUUGUGUUUUAACGUCCAAGUUUACGAGUGUGCGACGGUUUUCCGUUGACUCGUUUGCGAUCGUCACAAAAACAUUGCAACUUUGUACCCUAUUCGCGUGUAUUCGACUGUGCAUUUAGCUUGAUAUAUUUUUAUGACAUUUGGUACACAUCUUGAUGUCUGUUUUUCUAAUUAUUGUUUCCAUCUAAUACUGUGUUACUAAACCUCUCUUGCUCUCCUUGGCUAAUAAAAUUAUUAUUGAGACUGAGAGCGACUUGCAUCGCUUACUCUGGGUCCAUGUGAAAUAUGGAUGUGCCAAAUAAUUUCAAGCCAUAUUUGUGCAAGUUGGACAACAACGAUUGUGUGUCACUCAUAAACAUCAUUAAAUCGUUUAAUACACCCGUCAGCGAAGAACACGCAUGGGCUCUUUGCUAUCAGUGUGCCAAGUGUUUUAAGAAUGCUUUUGAACGAGAGCCAAACAGAUGUCGAGUUGUCAAGAAUUUGGAGGAAGUCCGUAUUCAUAAGGACGGAUUUAUUCAUCCUAGUACCAUCAUAAUCACUGAUGAAGUUGCUGAAUCUCUUGAAAAUAAUGAAAAACCAGGUGAAAAACUUGGUAAUGAAAAUGUCAAUAAAACUAUACUUCAACAUCAUGUUAUUGCCAGUUUAGGUUACAUAGUUUUUCAAGUGCUAGAUUUUGGCAUCGAUGAAGAUGAAGAAAGAUCAUUAAAUCCUGAAUUAGAGUCAUUAAUCAAACGAAUGAUAGCUUCAUUUGAAUAUGGAUGUCAUACUCAAUCCAUGGACCAUGGACAAUCAGGUGAAACAGAUGAUGAAGGAAUUGAAAGAGAUUCUGCUGAAUGUGAAGAAAUAUUACGAACUAAUUUUGCAACUUUUGAUGAUGUUUUAGAAGAAUGCAGUAGGCAUAUUGGUGUAUCAGGUUUGGGUUCUGAAACACAUUACAAAGCAGUAUGUCGGGCUUUAGUGACCGAAGCUCUUGAACUCUCUUCAUUUUUAGAUAAACUAUCUGAUGGGACUGUCAGCUUAAGACACAGAAAUUCAACUUCAUCUGAAUUAAGUACAUUGGAUUAUAGCGAUUGGGCUCGAUUAUGGAUUCAAUUAAUACGUGAACUGAGACGAGGUGUGCAAUUGAAAAAAGUAGAUCAGAGGCCUCAUGCUGGAGUUGGAUAUGUUGAAUAUGCAUUAACUCCUUAUGAAAUGUUAAUGGAUGAUAUAAGAUCCAGAAGAUAUACAUUAAAAAGAGUAACUCCUCCUGAAAUUCCAGCAAGAAUUCAAAGAGAUGCACAUGAUGCAAUUCUUGAAUUCAUUAGGUCCAGGCCACCUUUAAAAAGUGCUGCAGCAAGAAAAUUAGCUCCACGGCAACAAGAUAAACUUUCGCCUAGAGAACAUUUAUUGGAGUGUAUAAAAAGUGGAAACGUUAAAUUACGUUCUACUUCAUUAACCAAAAGUCCUUUCCGUAAUAUAAAAUCAACAAGAUCAAUGUCAAGUCCUCCUAAUUCUCGUAAUAAUAAGUCAAAAAUUCACUAUGACGAAUCUUCUUUAAAUCAUUCAGAAGAAGAAACUACACCAAACCAAUCACUUAAUAAAAGUAUGCUUAAUCCAAACAAGGAACGCAAACUUAUUAAAGUUGACUUUUCUGCAAUAGCACAAUUAGUGAGUUCUGAUUCUGAAGAUGAUUUUGAGGAUGACGAAGAAGAUAACAAAUUUAAGAAUUCAACAGUAGAUAAUAAAGAUCAAUCAACAUAUUUGGGAAUUUCCAGUCAAGAAAAAGAAGAAAAACAUGGAAAAACCGAUAGCAUACUAAAUAAAAAUGUCCAUGCAAUGAGAAAACAACAACGAAGGCAUACAAUUGCUGAUCAAUCAUCAUUGUCAUUCUUCAAACCUAUGGGUUUAUGGAAACAAUCUCGUAGACAAUCUAUGUUCAAAAAUACUUUACCUACAAGUGAUUGUUUGACUUUGACUCUGCAAGAGCUAAUACAUAUUCGCAGUGUGCUUACAAAAGCAGAAAUUGAAAGUUUGCCAGUUGAAGGAAAUUUCAAAGAAGAUGUGGAAAAUAGAAAAGUUUGCUUCCUGUGUAUGAAAACUAGAUUUGGCAUUUUCGGUCCAUGGGGACAGGAAUGUAAAAUGUGUCAACGUACAGUGUGUUCAAAAUGUUGCACCAAGAUGCGUAUGCCCACUGAGCAUCUGUCUCAAAUACCAGUGGUUGCACUCAGUCCCAACGUAGCUACUUCCGAACAAAACUCCUGGUGGUCAAAGAGUAGUUGGGGUAGUGCUCCAUCAAGUCCUCAGAAAUCAUUGGCAGUUGGUGGUUCUGGUUCCCAUAACAGUAUGUCUGCUAGUUAUCAUGGUUCCUCAGCUGUUACACAAAACAUUACUCGUGCUAAAUAUAGCGCACAAAUGGCUGUGUGUUUGGACUGUAAAACAAUGGUACUUCAAGAAAUCAAAACAUCCAGAGUAAAUCGUUCAAAUUUACUUCGACAUUUAACACUUGACUUGUCAUCUGUUUAUUAG